AUGGCUUGUCAAGGAAUCAUUCCCGAGUUUGGCUUCGGAGCAAACUCUAAUGCAAUGUUGGGGGAGGACAAUCAAAACGUCCAAGCCCAGCAUGUAGAAGAAAUCGGUGAAAUCGAAGUAACCAACACCGGGGGACCCCGCGCGAGCAUCACUCACAUCACCCAGACGGUAACCCCGGGAAACAAUGGUGCUGGACCCUCAAAUCCAGCUCCACCUCAGAACAUCUCGGCGCUAUUAGGGCUACCUGAAGGUGAAACUCCAUCCUCUUGGUACGCCAAACAAAUUGCAACCAUCAAUGCCGCGUAUCAAUCUUUGAGCGCACAACAAGCAGUUUUACAAGCAGAGCCAUCUUUGAGGAAUCAUGAGUAUUACAAGCCAAGACAGCGCAUCGCACAUAGCGAAGAAGCAGAACGAGACUUCAGCCUCGCCUACAGGCCGGCCGAAGCUGCAGAACACUCAAAGUUCAUUCCGAAGAUCGCUCUAGCACCAUUGACAAAAGAAAAGUUGCCUCCAACAGUCGGGAAAUUCAACGGCCUAACUGAUCCAGACGAUCACGUUAGAGUAUUCACAAGUGUUGGCGUUAUGGGAGGUUGGAAUAUGCCAAUGUGGUGUCACUUGUUUAUCCAGACGUUUACGGGGGCUGCUCACGCCUGGUUCGACAGCCUUCCGCCUGGAAAAAUCAGCUCAUGGGUUGAUUUCAGAACACAGUUUGUUAACCAUUUCAGCCAACAAAGACGUUACCAGCGCGACACAGCCGAGGUAACAGACAUCUGGCGAAGAGAGAACGAGGGAUUGGAAGACUUCAUCACUCGAUUUAACAAAGAAUGUUUGGAGAUUGGCGGUGUAAGUGAGCAACUCAUGCGCGCUCAUUUUAAGAAGGCCAUCCGCUGUGAUAGUCUCAUCAGAACUAUCACCGGAAAAGAUGGAAUGCCCAAAGAAUGGGAUAAGCUCAUGGAAGCUGCAAAAAUAGUUGCGCAAACUCAAGAGUCGUUGGCCGGUAACAAGAACUCUUAA